AUGGCAGCACCUUCCGAAGAAAUCCCAGGACCAGACCUUCUCACCCAGGCCAUCAAUUCAUUCUCCCUCCCCUCGGACUCCACAGCACAAGAUGGCACAACGCCCUCCUUGCCCCCGGCAAUGGCCGCGCUACGGAACAAGUCAGCAGAUGAGAUCCUCUCCGACCUCAACAAAACGCCCCUCUUCAUGACCUCGCUGGAAGAGAACGACGACCUCGAAGCCCUCAAAGCGCUAGCCUACGAAGGCACUCCGCUCGAAGUCUCCACCGGCUUCAAAGAGCGUGGCAACGAAUCAUUCAAAGAGCGUGGCUUCAAAGACGCAAAAGAAUUCUACACCAAAGCCAUAAACGUCCUGCUCUUGGAAGUUCGGAAGCGGCAGAAAGGAGAGAAGAAGACGGAGGAGGAGGGUGGUGAAGAGGAGGUUAAGAGGGAGAUUGCAGUCUUGGAGGCGUGUUUGGUUAAUAGGGCGGCGUGCCAUCUGGAACUGAAGAAUUAUAGGAGUUGUACGCUUGAUUGUGGGAGUGCGUUGAGGAUUAACCCGGGGAAUGUGAAGGCAUUCUACCGGAGUUCGAGAGCUUUACUCUCCUUGGAUCGCAUACCCGAAGCGGAUGACGCUUGUGCGCGUGGUUUGGCACUGGACCCGGAGAAUAAGUCGUUAAGGGCUGUGGCGCAAGAUAUAAUAAAAAGGAACGCACAAGUGGCUGCGAAGAAGAAGGCGGAACUGGAAAGGGAGCAGAAGAGAAGGGUUGAGGAGGUCACGUUGAAGGCUGCGUUGAAGGCGCGUGGUAUCAAGACACGGCAGACGGCACAACCGCCAGAAAUGGAAGACGCGCGCAUCCAACUUGUACCUGACCAUGCGGAUCCAACGUCCACACUCGCAUUUCCGACGGUGCUAUUAUACCCGUUGGCACUGGAAUCAGAUUUCAUCAAAGAGUUCAACGAGACGGAGACCCUGGGGCAUCAUUUAGACUACAUUCUUCCUGUUCCCUGGGAUAAAGUGCUGUAUACGCCGAAGCGCGUGGAGUGUUACAUGGAGACGAUCACGGGAGGAUUGGUCAAGGUUGGAAGGAAUGUUACGCUUUUGAAGAUUCUGACGACCGCGAAUGUCGAGGUUGUAGAUGGGGUUGCCCGAAUCUUUGUGUUGCCGAAAAGUAAGGCGGAAGGGUGGGUACAGGAGUUCAAGAGGAAGAAGGCGGCUGAGAAGGUUGCGUGA